AGCUGGUGCCACUGUGGAAUGCCUCGAAAGCGCUUUUUCUCACAAUAGCCAACGAUCGAUCAGUUGGGUUUCAGUUGACCAGCAAAGCGGUUGCAUUUUUUUAACUUAGCGGUGGCGCCAAAUACACCUGUUGGAAUGCAAAUUCUCGUACAAUAAAUAAAAUGAUUUUGUGAUGCGCUUCGAGUGAAGAUUAUAAACACUCUUGUGUAUAUUUUUAUAAAAGCUAAAUUACAUUAUUAAAUUGCAUUCUGAAAACGUGAUCUAAACGAGCGUCACCGCUCAAUUUUCCAGAAAUAAACAAUAAAUUCUUGAGGUGUAAACUUUCACAUCCAUUAAACAGUGUUUGGAUUAUUGUGUUGAGAACUAAAAAAAAAAUAAGCUCAAAUUGAAAAGUUGAUAAAAAUGGAAGUGACUACGAUUACAACAACAACUACUACACGAGAAGUGAAGCGCGCUGUGCGAAAACAUGUGAAUUCAUGCAGUGAUCACACGCAUACGUUUGAAGGUCUCAAACACGCCGCGGAUGCACACCACUUUCCGGAAAAUGAAGAACCCAAUAUCUUGGGCCAUGGCACACCGCUGGAAGAGAGGUCUGACCCGUUAACUACAGAGAAACUCAUGAAAUUAAAAACGCUGUUGAAUUUUGAAGAUGCUCCCGAUCAUCUUAAAUUUAAUCCUUACAUUCGUCGAGGCUAUCGCACAUUCCUCUCCACCAAAUUAUGCCUGCAAAGCGUCUUCUGGUGGACCAAUGAAACUAUCAAUAUCUGGAGUCAUCUAUUUGGCUGUCUACUUUUCAUCGGCUUGACCAUAUUCGAUUUUCAAUUUCUAAAAGUUCACGCGGAUAUAAGCGAUCAAGUGUUGGUUGUUUGCUUGUUGGUCUGUUUCUGCCUUUGCAUGCUGCUCUCAUCAAUUUACCACAUUUUCUCCUGCAAAUCGGAAGAACAUUACGAUUUCUUUUUGUCGGUGGACUUUUUGGGCAUUUCACUGUCGCUGGUGGCGAUUUAUAUAAGCGGCAUGUACUAUGCGUUUUGGUGCUUUCAGAGUCUUCGCAUAUUUUAUUCUGUGAUUGCUUUGUGUAUGUUUGCAUUGGCGAUGCUGGUGCAGAUCCCCAAGCUGAAUGUCUCCUUAGAUGCGAAGAUCGCAGUGCUGGUGCUGUGGGCCGCCUUCGGCAUAAUACCGUUGGCGCAUUGGACCUACGUGAUGGGUGGCCUCGAUAACGAGUUGGUGCGGCUAAUGGUGCCUCGUGUGAUUGUUAUGUAUGGCUGGUGCGCCAUAGCUUUUGUCAUUUAUGCAGCAAAAAUUCCCGAGCGUUGGCUUACCGGUAAAGUGGAUUAUGUUGGACAUUCGCACAAUUGGUGGCAUCUAUUCAUUUUGGCUGCCUUCUAUCACUGGCAUAACACUGGUCUUGUGUAUGCGGAAUACCGUUUGAACAAUGGCUGUAGUCUGCCCACAUUGACGUAGACCAUUGAACUUUACUCAAAUUGCGUUAUAGCCAAAUUUUUUCAUUUUGAUACAUCUCGUGGGCGUACGAGUAGCUAUAAAAAUAUGAAGUUAUUUUUUGUGAUUUUUUUUUCGCUAAACAUUCAGUGAGGCCACAUAACAUCGCUAGGCUAGUUAUCGUACCUUUAACCAUACACAGUCAUAUAAAUACGUUUGUACUUAGUUUUAAAUACAAAUCUAGUUCACUCACUCAUUUAUUAGGUUUAAUGCACAUUUGUAAAUAUUGAUAAUCGAAAUAUUUAGAAAAUGAAUUUAUUAAUUGUUGUUGAAACUUUGUUACUUCUGUAAAAAUAGUAAAUAAAGUUAAAUAUAAAAGACAUUACAUAUAAGCA